CAUUUGGAAUAAUUAUGAAUGAAUAUUUAUCUGAAGAAACUCCUUAUAAUAAUAUUCCUCAUAAUCAUUGCUUUAGCUAUUAAAAUAUGCAAAGGACUUAGACCAAAUAUUUUUAAAUAUACACCAAAAUUACAUGCAGAUUUGAUUACUAAAUGUUGGGAUGCUAAAGCAGAAAAUAGACCAACUGCUAAAGAAUUGUUUCAAGAACUCAAGAAAUUGCAAGAAUAUCAAGUAAAUGAAGAUGAUAGUGAUAUUAAAUCUCAAGUAAAUGAAUAUGAUGAUAAGAUUAAAUUAAACCGAACAA